AUGAACCUGGAGAGGGGAUUUCAUGAUGUUUGGGCUCCGGUGACACCAGAAAAGCCGGUAGAGCAGAGAUCGAACCAGGAUCAUAAAGGAGUCGAAAAUUGGCAGGAUUUGCUAGGAAUUUACACCGGUGUUUUGCAGGACGAAAGCUGUGGGUUGCCUCCGGCAUGGCAUCCAAACAGCUGUGUAGGCAUGAAUCCGGUGGAGGUGGAGCCUCCAAUCAAGAAUUUUGUUCCUGUGCCUCAGAAUAUCGGGCAAGCUGGUGUCGUGGGGCUGCACAAUGGCCACGGUGUGGCUUCUGCUGAGACGUGUACUAAGAUGCUGCCUUGCAGUUCUGGCUCAGCUGGAGUAGCCGGUGAGAGUAACUGGAACCACGGCAUACAAGAUGCUGCUCCAGUCGAAAAAUACAGAAGCUUUGACCAAAAUGCUGGAUAUGCAGGCUCCCAUCUGCAGAAUGUGGGAGAUAUGGUUACUCCUAGAAAGGUUAAUUCUUUGGCAGAGCUGAUGGGGAUAGGGGAUGCCCUGGGAAUGAACGGAGACGAAAUAACCUCUGCUGCAAAGAAGGCCGUGCAAAAACAGGAUAUUGGUGAUUACAACCUGCAACAAAUGCCAAGCAGUAGACUUUCGGCGGCUUACAGACCAAGCUACAACAUAGACUUACCACAAAGAUCGGAAGAUGGGGACUCCUCAAGCGUAACUAUGCCUUCCCAUCUAGGACCAGCAACACCAGAUCAUCAUAAACUUCUGAAGAAUGGUGAGGUCAGUCAGAUACCACAUCUGUUGAUAGAAGAAAUCUCAACUAAAGGAGAAUACAAUAAUAAAUUUAUGCUGCCAGAACAAGCUGAAAUUGGAGAGAGAGAGCAUAGUGAUUUUGUUUCUGAUUCUCUGAGUACAGCAUCUCCUGACAUUUCGGCAACCAAGGAGAAGCAAAAUCUUGUUGGUGGAAAUAACGGAGAAUUUGAUCUAAAUGGCACACCACCUCAAAAGGCACCCAAAAGGAGAAAGCACAGACCCAAGGUGGUUAGGGAAGCAAAACCCAAACGAACUCCAAAGCCUGCAGCCAAAGAAAACAAGAACCCCGGUGGAGAUCCUCCCACCAAAAGGAAGUAUGUGCGCAAGAAAAACAUCAAAAGCUCAACAAAUCAAUCUGUUGAUGCAGAAAACGGGGUUGCAGUACCUGAUUCACAACCUCAAGGAAAAUCAUGCAAGAGAGCAUUAAACUUUGACUUGGAAAAUGGAGUAGGAAAGAAAAUCAAAUGCAAAGAAACUGACCGCCAGGAGGAUAAUAAUAAAGGGAGUGAUGCUUCCCAAAAUUCGAGUUUGGAUUUCCAUAGUGCGGGACUGAAUGGGCAAGGUACAUGCACAGUGGAGGCCGUGCAUCAAAACAUUUGCAGAGAACAGAAACAAACAGAACACACGUACAAUUUUGUCCCCUUUGUAGAUAAAAUCCCACCUCAAGAGUCAGUGCCACAUGUAGCCACAGUCCCACCAGCUACAUCGAAAGGACACACUCUGAAUGUCAUCGCAAGGAGUCUAAAUGCGUGCAGUACUAAUAUAAACCAAAGUAAUGUGCAGGGUAAGCAUGGGCAGGUACAUCAUCAUACAAGUGGUGGCUUUAGUCAACUUCUUCUUCUAGCAACUACCGGACAACAGAACUUGGAUGGACUAAGGCAACCAAGGCUUCAGAGCACGCCUCAACUUCUGGAAGAUUUGGUAGGUAACAUGGAGAAAAGAGAACCCAAAAGAGUACGUUCCUACGUUGAGCCGACACAACCCCUGAUUGUCUCUCAGAUAUGUUCCCAUGGAGUCUCUAAGACAGGCCACUUCAACAAAGAAAGCAUAAGAUCGUGGCAAAAUGUUAGCAGUACAAAGGAUGCUGAGAGUAUAAUUAAUGGGCUCAGAAUACCUUCUGGCAAUCCAUCUGCUGAAAAAUUCUCCGAACAAACUGGCAGCCCAAAUAAGAGCCUUCAUGCCCAGACAUACAGAUUACGCAGGAAUGGUGGAAUACCAUAUUUUGGUUCUGAAGAAAUAAGCACAUUGAUGAAUCCAACUUAUGAAAGCAACAAGGCCACUCGUUAUUGGUGCAUGAAUUCCAUCAGUUCUGGAGUUGGGCCUCAGAAGCAAAUCUCAGACAUAGAAUCUCGUCCUUUUGCUGAAGCACAAUACAAUAGCUCCCUUACUGCAAUUGCUAAUUGUCAUAUGUUGUUCACUUCCCAUGGAGGCCCUAAAGUUAUAAGAAGAAAUGAGAUGUCAGAUGCACCUGCUCGUGUGUCCGCAAAGAGGCAGUACACCAGAAAGACACCAGAAAACAAAAUGUCUAGUACACGUAGAGUAGUACAUCAGGAGACCAGAAAUAUACAGGGUUAUGGAUAUGAAUUGACAAAUGACUCAUGCUCACGAGAAUAUAAGAGAAAUAUAUUUUCAGUUGAUGAUAUCAUAGAUGGUAUGAAAAACCUACAGAUCAGUAAGGAAGUGGGAAAUGCUCUUGUUCCAUACGCAGGAGAUGGCGUUGUAGUUCCAUACGAGGCAUUUGAACCAGUCAAAAAACGACGACCACGUCCCAAAGUCGACCUUGAUCCAGAGACAAAUAGGUUAUGGAACCUGUUAAUGGGUAGUGAAGGAAGUGAGAGUGCAGAAACCAUGGAUGAGGAUAAACAAAAACGGUGGGAAGAAGAAAGAAGAGUCUUCCGUGGUCGAGUGGAUUCAUUCAUAGCCCGCAUGCAUCUUGUCCAAGGAGACAGACGAUUCUCCAAAUGGAAAGGAUCAGUGGUUGACUCGGUAAUUGGAGUAUAUCUCACCCAAAAUGUCUCGGAUCAUCUAUCGAGCUCUGCUUUCAUGUCUCUUGCAGCAAAGUUUCCAAUCAAGCCGACAAACAUUAGAGAUACAUCGUGCCAAAAAGCAGGAAACCCAUCGGCUGAAUAUGUGGUCCGUGUAAGUCACCCUGAUGGAACAACUUGUCAUCAGCGAAUGACAACGGAACCAGUUUAUGACCACAACACUCUGAAAUCCAGUAAACUGUCUGAAUACAGUUCAGAAAAAGUUCCUUCAGGCACAGUAGACAAACAUACCGGAAGAACAGAGGAAUGGGUUGUUUCAUCACAAAGUUCUUCAGGAUCCAUGAAUUACAAAGCCUCUGAGGAUAUCAGAUCAAGCUCAGAAUCAAAUUCUGAAGUUGAUGACCAAGUAACUGGGAGCAAUUCGAGAGAAAUCCAUGCCCCUUUAAACUUGUUUGAAGAGGCUGGAGGAAUAACAGAAUUCCAGAAAAAUCAGUUUCAAGAAUUAGGAUUUUCAUUUCUGGACACAAUGCUCUCAAACGAUCAUCAGGAAUAUGAAAAUCUAGCAAACAGGGAUUAUCCAGGAGUCACAAGCAGCACAAAUGCAUAUACUUACCCAUUAACUACCAAUGCACAGCAUAAUCAAGGACCUGAUCCGACAUCCGAGCAUACCUGGCAAGGUAUGCUGAUGGGUGCAGGAAACAGGGACACUGAUGUUUUUGCAUCCUUGGAAAAAGAAUGUACCUCUUCCUUAACUUCUACACAUUGUGAUACCACCAGCGGAACAGUUACAGAAGAGUUACAUAAUAAAGCAGGACGGAGAAUGGAAAGUAGACCGAUGGAGCAACAAACUCCGAGUUACAAGUUACAGGCAUCAACAGUAGACCAUGAAGUUCUUACCAAACAUCUUGAGAAGAAAAUGAAUUUACCAAUUGAGUCUGAGAGCAGGGAUAACCGACAUUUCAUGAACUAUAAACUCGGAGGAAUGCAGGAGACCUUUCAGCAGGAAAGCAUUUUUCCAACGGACACCGUGAAAUCAGCUGAAGCACUCGGGCAAAACCCAACAGAUAAUCAAAAACUCUCUGAAAAUGUCACACUUGAGCCAACUGAGAUGAAUACCAUGCAUGCUUCUAAUGUACAAUCAAGUAGAAUCAGCACAAAGUCAACCGCAACAAAGCAGAAAGAUGAGAAGGAAAAGGAAAAGUCAUUUGAUUGGGAUUCAUUAAGAAAGCAUGCACAAUCAAAGGGUGGUACAAGAGGAAGAAGCAGGGACAUAAUGGACUCUCUGGACUAUGAAGCAUUACGAAAUGCUGAUGUUGGUGAGAUCUCUGACUGUAUAAAGGAAAGGGGGAUGAAUAACAUGCUAGCAGCACGGAUUAAGGCUUUCCUCAACAGAUUGGUUAAAGAUCAUGGAAGCAUUGACCUGGAAUGGCUGCGAGAUGUUCAACCAGACAAAGUUAAGGAUUACUUACUAAGUAUACGCGGUUUGGGGCUAAAAAGUGUGGAGUGCAUACGUCUCUUAACACUUCACCAUCUAGCUUUUCCGGUUGACACAAAUGUUGGACGCAUUGCCGUCCGACUUGGUUGGGUUCCACUUCAACCACUUCCCGAGUCCCUACAAUUGCAUCUUCUUGAACUGUAUCCAGUGCUGGAGUCAAUUCAGAAAUAUCUUUGGCCUCGACUCUGCAUGCUGGAUCAAGAAACCUUGUAUGAGCUACAUUACCAACUGAUAACAUUUGGGAAGGUUUUCUGCACAAAGAGACAACCAAACUGUAAUGCAUGCCCAAUGAGAGGAGAAUGCCGACAUUUUGCUAGUGCUUUUGCCAGCGCAAGGCUUGCUCUCCCAGGCCCAGAAGAGAAACGUGUAGUCUGUUCAGACGUUUCAACGAAUUCCAGUAAAAGCUGUGGCGUAGUUACAGAGCCUAUGUCCUUACCUCCACCUGAGAAUUAUAUAGGAAGUGGUCCAGGGCUCACAGUAAAUUGUGAACCCAUUAUCGAGGAGCCAGCCACCCCAGAAUCAUCAAUAGAAGAUACAGAAAGAGACAUUGAGGAUGCAUUUUAUGAGGAUCCUGAUGAAAUCCCAGAAAUAAAGCUCAACAUCGAGGAAUUUACAACUAACCUAAAGAGCUUCAUUCAGGAAAAUAAAGAAAUUCAAGAAGGUGAUAUGUCCAGAGCCAUUAUUGCACUGAGCCCCCAACUUGCUUCUAUUCCAACACCCAAACUGAAGCACGUUAGCCGACUGCGGACAGAACACCAAGUGUAUGAACUCCCGGAUUCACAUCCACUAUUAGAAGGGAUGGACAGGCGAGAACCUGAUGAUCCAAGUCCAUACCUUCUGGCCCUAUGGACACCAGGUGAGACUGCAGAUUCAGUUCAGCUUCCAGAAGGUAAAUGUAGCUCUACUGAAAGUGGCAUGUGCAACAACAAAACAUGUUUUCCAUGCAACAGCACACGAGAAGCACAUGCACAAACAGUCCGAGGGACUAUUCUGAUCCCUUGUAGAACAGCAAUGAGAGGUAGUUUCCCACUCAACGGCACAUAUUUCCAGGUCAAUGAGGUUUUUGCCGAUGAUAAAACCAGCAGGGAUCCUAUUAAAGUACCAAGAAGUUUGAUAUGGAACUUACCUAGACGGACAGUCUUCUUUGGGACCUCUGUCUCAACUAUAUUCAAAGGUAUGUCGACUGAAGGUAUCCAGUACUGCUUCUGGAGAGGAUUCGUAUGUGUCAGAGGAUUUGACCAAAAAACUCGAGCACCACGACCUCUAAAGGCCAGGUUGCAUCUCCCUGCAAGCAAGAUACCAAAGAAAAAUAGUGAAAACACAAGGUAAUGCAACAAGAAAGUUGCCAUCUCAAGUUAUGAGCCACUAUGCCCCCACUCCAGGAUGACAAAAGAACUGCUGAAGUAGGAUAGCAACACAUACCUGACAAAUUCUUUCAAAUUCUUGUUCCGGCCAGUAACCUGAUCACUUACCAGUAUGUAAGCAGCAAUGAGAAAUUAAUAGAAUAGAAUAUGAUAACUUCAUAGACAGAAAUUGCAUGUAAUCAUAGUAGUUUGCAAACAUGUAUCUGUUUCAUCUUUUUUAAUUUAUGCUCAUUAUUGAGCCAUUUUUUAAAGGGUAAAAGUAUUUGACAGGAAACAAUAAAUAAGCAAAUGUAAAAUUUGAAUAUUUUAUAGUUGUAUUACAUGUAUACAUUUUUAGAGUA